AUGAUGAAUGAACUUAAAAGAAGUCAAAUAAAUAAGGAAGCUCAUGAUUUUCUUGUUAAACUUGAUUAUCCAUUCAGUAAUGAUGAAGAAUUAAAUCCAACAAUUGUUUUUCUUCGUACACCAAAUGAUUUUAAAUCAAUUAUUGAAAAUAUAUCAAAAGAAUUUCUUGUUGAUUCUGAUCAUUUUCAAGCUGGUGAUCAAUUUCUUGUUGCAUUUGUUAAUAAUCAAAAUGAAAUUAAUAAAACAAUAACACGUUAUGCACAUCGUAUUAGUGAAAAUGGAAAAUUUUGGUUUGUAACAAAUCAACAUUAUUUAUUAGAUGAUGAAAAUAAUUUUCUUACACUUAUCAAUUCACAAUUCAAAUCAACACAACCAUUAAUUCAACUUAGAAAUAAUUAUUACGCAAAAUUAUUUCAAUUAAAAGAUAAUAUAACAAAUAUUGCAAAUGUAGAACAUUAUCGAACACGAAAACGUGAAGCAAUGCGACAAAAUAUGAAUGAUGAAAAACAAAAUUCAAUACGAUUAUCUUCAAGAACAGAGAAAAAUAUUCUUAAAUAUUUUGCAAAUAAUGAUCAAUCAUUAAAAACAAAUCUUAUUGAAAAUGAAUUAAAACAUAUACCGAAGGGAAGUAAUAAUUUAAAUCUUAUACAACCAAAACAUAAUCUUACUAAUAUUUUAAUAAAAAAAAAAUCUUAA